GCCGACCCCAUCUGGCAUAUGGCCAUAUCUUUCCCACAUUACGUUCUGCCAAAAUACGACCUUUCCCUUGCAUUUACCACCUCUUUUCUUCGAAUUUUCAAAUCCUCAGAACAGUACAGGUUACAGACAAAUUAAUCCUACUGACUAUUCACCUCCACUCCAAAACAAGAAGAAAACGAGUAGUAUCCCGGAGACUGGGGAAGGAGAGAGACCCACAAAGAAUCACACACACAACACACACUGAGAAAGAAGGGGGGGAAAAAAGGUACUCCCUAGAGAGUUUUAGAGACAGCCCACGGUUCAUUUGCCCAAAAAAUAAUCAAUCAGUCAUCAUGCCAAAAGGUUCCAAGAAGAGAAAGGCUGAAAAGAAAAAGAAGGAGCAAGAGGCAUUGUCCCAUAAUCAGAGUCACAACCAUCAGACACAGCCACAAUCUGCUGUUUCUCAUACUCAUGAAAAUGAUGAUAAAGAAAGUGAGGGUGAGGAGGUUAGUUCUCCAGCCUCACAAGACCAUUCCAAUCAUCAGCAUCAGUUCAUUGAUGGCGAGAAGGAAGAUGUGAAGAAGGUAGAAGAUAGUUCACAUGUUCAAUUAUCUGGUGAGAAGAGCAAAUCCAUUGAAGAACACAAAGAUAAUGGUGUAGCAGUGGAAGAGCCAAAAGCUGAAGAAAGUGUUGUUCAGAUUGAGAAGGAACCGAAGCCUGCAGGUGAAUUGAAUGGCAAUAGCAUAAGUGAGGAGCGCGUUAAGAUUCAGAAGGAAUCAGGUAAUGGAGUUGCAUCUGAGAGUCUGGAUGGGGAGAGUACUUUAGAGGUUGAAAAGGAAUUGAAACUUUUUGAAAAAGUAAAUGCAUCGGUUGAGCAUGUUGAACCGCAGAAGGAACACAAUGAUGGAGUGUUGACUGAGCGUCGUAAUGAUGAAUGUCGCUUCAUUGACAAGACAAAUGUUGUGGUGGAUAGUUCUCCAUUUGGUAGUUCAGCAGAAGCAGUUAAUUCCUUCUGUGAAGGUCUGGCUGAAGUACCUAAUCCCAUUCCAGUUGGGGAAGUUUAUGGUUCAGUAGCAGAACCUGACUCUGAUACUGUUCCAGAGGAGAAGAUUAGCAGAGAUAGUAGUAGUCCAGGUCAUAGUUUGUUGACUUCUAAUGUAGUCACAGAAAUGCAUGAAAAUGGGAAGAAAGAUGUGGCUGUGAUGGAUCAGAAUGAUAGGAGUUUGCCAGUCCUUGUGGACUUGGGAUUAGAGAAUAAGAGGGAUGAAGCAAUUAUUCUAGCAGGUAAUGCUUUGAGAGCUUUAGAGGCAAGGGGCACAGUUACUCAAGAAACUGAAGAAAAGCAGAUGCAUUUGUACACUGCUCCUGAAGAUGAAGCUGCAAAUUAUGGUCAUGCUAGUAAUGGUGAACACCAUAUUAAGGAUUCAGAAGUUCAUGGGCACUCUGAUACACAGCCGCUGGUUGCUUCUGCUAUACGACCUGUGCAAAGAACUUCAUGGAUGAGUUGCUGUGGUCUGUUUGAGGCAUUCGCUGGAUCAAGUAGAUAAUGCCCGGAGCCAAGAAUGGAGUAAAGCUGAAAUGUGUGACAGAGCUUACCAAAAUAAGCGAAAAUCUCUCUGCAGAACUAACCUCAGGUUAUGUUAUAUAUAUAUGUUAAGUAUCACUUGGGAACCCCUGAGACUUUCUUGGUUUAGUUUAUGCUUGUAUUUUUUUUUUUUGGGGUCAAAAAGAUGCUUGUGCUAGUCUUCUAUAGUGUCUCCUUCCAUGUUUAGUGUGGUUUUGUUUUACCUGUGGAGGAAGAUAAUGAGAGAUUUUUAGAUGUACUAAAGGGAGAUUUUUGCAUUGCAUAGCAUAGCAGGGAAAUGACAAAUUUUGAAGAUUUAUGAAUUUAUAUAUAUUAUUAGUUAUGAUAUUGUCAGUCAAUACAUUUUUGUUCGCCGGUAAACUAGCAUUACUUGCUAAUGGGUUCUUCUUCCGGAUAUUUUAUCCUCUCUCUCUCUCUCUCUGUCUUUUUUUUUUUUUUUGGGUAAGCGAGAGGACGUGAAUCCAAGAGCUCUUACUUAUAACACCUCUCACCUUAUCAUCCAAUCAAACCCUCCCCUCCCCCCCACCACAGAUCACAGUACUUAGAAGAUCUCUUGAAGUUUUGAAGCAGAUCAUGCUUAUGAAAAGAGAUAAAUGAGACUUGAAUAAAACAAUGCUUGAAACCAACUACUACUAGAGUAGUCGGCCAUCAGAGACAGAGAAAAAAAGGGGCAGCUCUUGAAUGCCUCAAUCAGUGUAUUCUAGUGCUCAAACUUCUUUGUUCUGGGAAAAGUAGGAUUGGAAAAUUCUUUUUUGGCAGAAGCUGUUGAGGUGAAGUGGCUUGUGUGCUGUAUUGGAUUGCUUAUUGUUUAUACCACUCUUUCAUGGGUUCUAUAACAGGAAAUUUAAUCUUCAUUUGACCUAUACUAGAUUUCAGGCUUUUGGAUUUCAGAAAAAUCAAGUAUCGGAAUUGGAGAUUGAAGAGCACUGCGUUGUAUGAAUUUCCAUUCAGCCUUUUGGAUUCCUCACAAUCUGAUUGACUAGAUUGGCUUUCGUCCAAGUGCUAAACAAUAUAUUAUUCCCCAGAGUUCUCUAACCAUUCCCCCCCUUCGGCUUUUGAAGCAGGGGAAAUGCUUAUUCUGGCAGAAGUUGGAAUCUUUCAAAAGGCUGCACUAGAAGAACAGCCUUCAUUCUGACUUGAAAUUCUUAGAACUUCUGUAUGAUAACAGUACAUCUGCAAAACUAAAUUUAUUUUCUUAAGUUUUAAUAAACCAAAAUUCAAUCCUUA